AUGGAGGACAACCGCCUCCCCAAGCGCAUGCUGUUGGGAGCGAUGGCAGGGGGCGUGGGAUACCGGGGCGGGCAGGAGAGUGACUGGGUGUCUCGUCUAGGAGAGGACCUCGUGGCCUUCAACAUGGGAGACGAAAAAGAAGGGGGGAAAUGGAAAGAGAGCGCCAAGGACCCGGAGGUGUGGUGCAACAAGGUCGAGGACGGGGCGGCAUGGUUCAUGAGGAGAUGGCACAGGCAGGAGGCGGAAGCGUCGGCGAAGCGCCAGCGCGCGAGAGAAGCAGAAGCAGGGGGCACGGCAAUCUCAGGACCGACGAGAAAUAGAGUCGGGGAAGCGGCGGUGAGGGGGAAGAAAGGGCGACCGGGCACUGCUGCUGUAGAAGCGAGUAGGGCGGCCGAGGCAGCACUUGUGGCGAAGUAA